AUGUCUGACGCUAAGGUUGAAACCCAUGAGUUCACAGCUGAGAUCUCUCAGUUGAUGUCCUUGAUUAUCAAUACUGUGUAUUCCAAUAAGGAGAUUUUCUUGAGAGAGUUGAUUUCCAAUGCAUCGGAUGCUUUGGAUAAGAUCAGAUAUGAAGCACUUUCUGAUCCAUCUAAGUUGGAAACCGAGCCUAACUUGUUUAUCAGAAUUACCCCAAAACCGGAGCAAAAAGUCUUAGAGAUUAGAGAUUCAGGUAUUGGUAUGACUAAGGCGGAUUUGAUUAACAAUUUGGGUACGAUUGCAAAAUCAGGUACUAAAGCUUUCAUGGAAGCAUUAUCCGCUGGUGCUGACGUCUCUAUGAUCGGUCAGUUCGGUGUCGGUUUCUACUCCUUGUUUUUAGUAGCCGACCAUGUUCAAGUUAUUACUAAGAACAAUGAAGACGAACAAUACAUUUGGGAAUCUAAUGCUGGUGGCAGGUUUACGGUCACCUUGGAUGAAACAAAUGAAAGAAUCGGACGUGGUACUAUAAUCAGACUCUUCUUGAAGGAAGAUCAAUUAGAAUACUUAGAAGAAAAGAGAAUUAAAGAAGUUGUUAAGAAACACUCCGAAUUUGUUUCAUACCCAAUUCAAUUGGUCGUAACUAAGACCGUUGAGAAGGAUGUACCGGUCGAAGAUGAAGAGAAAGAUAAGGAAGAGGAGAGCAAAGAUGACGAUAAGAAACCGAAGUUGGAAGAGGUCGAAGAGGAGGGUGAAAAGAAGGAAAAGACGAAAAAAGUUUCUGAGGAGGUCACAGAAACCGAAGAAUUAAAUAAAACAAAGCCUUUGUGGACUAGGAAUCCUGCUGAUGUUACUCAAGAAGAGUACAAUGCGUUCUACAAGUCGAUUUCUAAUGACUGGGAAGAUCCAUUGGCAGUUAAACAUUUCUCUGUCGAAGGUCAAUUGGAAUUCAGAGCUAUUUUAUUCAUUCCAAAAAGACCACCUUUUGAUGCUUUCGAGUCUAAGAAGAAGAAAAACAACAUCAAGUUGUAUGUCCGUCGUGUUUUUAUUACAGAUGAUGCUGAGGACUUGAUUCCUGAAUGGUUAAGUUUUGUUAGGGGUGUUGUUGACUCUGAAGACUUGCCAUUAAACUUAUCAAGAGAAAUGUUACAACAAAACAAAAUCUUGAAAGUCAUUAAAAAGAAUAUCGUCAAAAAGUUGAUUGAAACUUUCAAUGAGAUUGCUGAAGACCACGAGCAAUUUGAGAAAUUUUAUAGUGCUUUUUCAAAGAAUAUCAAAUUGGGUAUUCACGAAGAUCAACAAAACAGAGCUGCUUUGGCUAAGUUAUUGAGAUACAACUCUACAAAAUCAACCGAAGAGCUCACUUCAUUAAGUGACUACGUUACUCGUAUGCCGGAACACCAGAAAAACAUCUACUAUAUUACUGGUGAAUCCAUCAAAGCCGUUGAAAAAUCCCCAUUCUUGGAUGCUUUAAAGGCCAAAAACUUCGAAGUAUUGUUCAUGGUUGACCCUAUUGAUGAAUAUGCAAUGACUCAAUUAAAGGAGUUCGAAGACAAGAAGUUGGUUGACAUUACCAAAGAUUUCGAAUUGGAAGAAACCGAGGAAGAAAAGGAGCAAAGAGAGAAGGAGGUCAAAGAAUUUGAACCUUUGACUAAGGCUUUGAAGGAUAUCUUAGGAGAUCAAGUUGAAAAAGUUGUGGUGUCUCACAAAUUGGUCGAUGCUCCAGCCGCAAUUAGAACUGGUCAGUUCGGUUGGUCCGCUAAUAUGGAGAGAAUUAUGAAGGCUCAAGCUUUGAGAGAUACAACGAUGUCAUCUUACAUGUCCUCUAAAAAAACCUUUGAAAUUUCUCCAAAAUCUCCAAUUAUUAGAGAAUUGAAGAAGAAGGUCGAAACUGAUGGUCCAGAGGAUAAGACCGUUAAGGAUUUGACUAACUUGUUAUAUGAAACCGCUUUAUUAACUUCCGGGUUCUCAUUGGAUGAGCCGUCUUCUUUUGCUGGCAGAAUUAACAGAUUGAUCUCGUUGGGUUUGAAUAUAGAUGAUGAGGAGCCUGCUGAGACUGAAACUGCAGGCACUUCUACUGAAUCCACAGAGAAUGCAGCUGAAUCAGCUAUGGAGGAAGUUGAUUAG